CUUGGCACGGAGGUGUAACCUUUGAAAUGGGAUUAAAGGCAAUUAAGAAUAAGCUGAGACUUGAAAAUUUGCUUGCCCGGCAAAUCUUUGCGGAAUUUUGGGGAACAUUUAUACUUGUGACAUUUGCCGUCGCCUCAGGAGCUCAGUAUGUCCUUAGUCGUAAGGAGCUCAGCAGUUUCCUUACCGUCAACUUUGCUGGAGGCAUGGGACUCACACUUGGAAUCUACUGGUCAGGAGCGGUGUCAGGAGGGUCUUUAAACCCGGCUGUGACACUGGGCCUGUGUUUGAGGGGCAUCGUGCCGUGGUACAAGUGGCCCUUCUACACGAUAGCCAACCUGUGUGGGGCCUUCUUCGCCGCCGCUGUUCAGUAUGGACUUUAUCGUGAUGCUAUCAACCACUACGAUGGCGGCAUCCGAUACACCACCGGCGUCAACGCAACUGCGGGCAUAUUCGCAACAUAUCCACAACCUUAUGUCUCGACCGCCAGCUGCCUCUUUGAUCAGGUUUUUGGUACCUUCAUCUUAGUCGGGUGUAUUCUGGCAAUAACAGACAAAAACAACAUGCUACCUCAUAAAGGUUUCGUACCUGUGGCGCUCGGGUCCAUUGUUUUUGCCAUAGGAACAUGCUUCGCCCUCAACUGUGGUUACGCCAUCAACCCAGCUAGAGAUCUUGGACCGAGAAUAUUUACAGCUUUAGCCGGGUGGGGUACAGAACCAUUCACGUUCCGAAAUUACUGGUUCUGGGUGCCCAUCGUGGGCCCAAUGCUUGGGUCCUUCACGUCGUGGGUUAUAUAUUACUUCUUUAUAGAGAUGCACUUCCCAGAUGAGGAGGAGGAGGUCACCGUCGACGUCAAGCAAAAUGACGUUAGAAAUAAUGAAACGCCGUUAGAUGGUUACGUAAAUGAGGGAUUCACCGGUGAUCAAACGUCACGAACGCAUCAAACGAGACUAUAGUAACGGGAACAUGAAACUAGAAGAAGAAACACGCCACGCCCACACACCUGUUGCAGACAGGUAUCGGUCGAAGACUAACGAUAUG